AUGGCGACUCGCACGUCGCCCAUCGUGCGAUUCAUGCUGCAGAAGCUCGCCGAGGCUGGGUGCGCGAUCGACGCGAGAUUUUUCAGCGUGGAGACGUGCGACAAGAGCGUCGUCGGAGGGUUUCGACCGCCCGAUGGGGUGGUGAUGUGCCACAAUCAGAUACACGAUCGAACGACGAUGGAAAACAUGCUGGCGCACGAGCUGAUACACGCGUACGAUCAGUGCCGGGGAGGGAAAAAGAUGAACUGGCUCGACGUGCGACAGCACGCGUGCUCGGAGGUGCGCGCGGCGAAUUUGAGCGGGGAUUGUCACUGGAUGAACGAGCUCAUGCGAGGACGGGUGUUCUUUGACUUGAAGAAACAUCAUCAAAAGUGCGUGCGACGGCGCGCGGAGCUCUCGGUGGCGAUGAACCCGAAUUGUACGAGCGACGCGCACGCGAAACAAGUCGUCGACGAGGUCUUCGAGCGAUGCUUCAAAGAUACGGCGCCGUACGACGACAUCCCGUGA